UGAGAUAAUACUUUUAAGACGGUCCCUUUGCCGGCGAAGAUAAGAAGAAAGGCGCUGGCGGAUUCAACACAGGCUGGGCUUGAGCAGCGACGCUAAGGGACCGUCGGGCAAUAUCAAACCAUAUCCACAGACAGGAGUCCAAAAGUACUGCCUUGCCGGGUUGGUUCUGGCUCCAUGGCGCGUUGUGCGGUGAAGAGGCCCCCCAAAGGCCCUGCAGGGAAUCGGGGAGAAGGGAGGAAGAAAGGCGGCGAGAGGGGAACAUCGGAGAAGCAGAGGCUGAAGGAGAUGGUGGCCGAGCAACUGAGUCGGGACAUGGACAGGCUUCUGAAAGAGGAAAUCCAUGCGGACAUCACUUUCUGCGUCAAUAAGACUCUGCUCAGAGCUCACAAGGCAGUGCUUUUAGCAAGAGUCCCUGACUUUUUUUGGCAUGUUGCUGGAAGAGGAUUAAAUCAUGCAAGCAGCAGCGAAGUUAUUGAUCUUGAGAAUGUGGAUGCCUUUGAAUUUAAAGCUUUCCUCAAGGCUGUGUAUUCGUCUGACAGAAACAUUAAAGAAGCUGAGCAAGAGAUUCUCGAGAAAGAAAUAUCAAAGCCUAGAUUUACAAAGGAAGAUGAAAGUUUUCAAGCUCACCAUCUACAGAAUGAUCACAUCUCAGCCGAGCACUGCCUGGAGAAUCAUGAAAGGACAUCUGGUCAUCAGUAUUCCUCAAACGAAAGCAUAGAAACAGAAUCUGUUGCAAAAGAAAUUCCUGAGGAAGCGGUUGAUGCUGAAGGCAAUGUAACUGUGUCAGAAACUGCAUCUGGCUUAGGAAAAGAUCUCUUGGUGAUGUACACAAAAUGCUGGUUUUCAGAUAUUACUAUUUGGAUUGAUGGAAAACAGUUUAAAGUACACAGGGCCAUUUUGUGUGCCAGAUCUAGUUACUUUGCUGCUAUGCUGAAUGGGAGCUGGGCUGAAAGCUCUCAAGAGCACAUCACUCUUCAAGGCAUAAACCAUGUAGAGAUGACUGUCAUUCUGCAUUUUAUCUAUGGAGCAAUUUUGGAUUUCCCAAACAAAGCUGAUGCUGGUUGCAUACUGAGCAUUGCGGAUAUGUAUGGACUAGAAGGUCUAAGAGAAGUGGCUAUAUAUAUUUUGAAAAGAGACUAUUGCAACUUCUUUCAGAAGCCUCUACCUGGAAAACAUCAACCUGUUCUGGAAUGUCUAGCUAUUGCCCACUCAACAGGAACAAAAAAUCUUUACGAUAUUUGCAUGAAGUGGCAAGUUCAGAAUUUUGUAAGGUGUUGGUCAGACAAGGGCUUUGCAGCUUUGUCCACUGAGCUUCAGAAUGAUUGCCUGAGAUUGCUGAUCCACUCUUUAAACCCGCAGAAUGCAGCCCAUGUUCUGAUGGAAGCCAACCACUUACUUGGUAGUCUUCCCCAGGUGAAAUGGACUGAAUCGGCUCUUGCUCUGGCAUCUAGGCUUCAAGAAGAGUGUAUAGCAUUUAUGGUUAUGAACUUUCCAGAAAUAAUAAAAAGUGAAAACUUUUCUACUCUGUUACAGGCCCAGGCCAUGAGCAGCAAACCUGAGCUCCUCGAUCAAUUGUUUGAAGCAGUUCAGAAGGGAAUUACCACUGAAAAUAGUUGCUGUCUACUUAUGGCUCUAGAUGCUUUAUUAAUUUCUUCAAAUGUGAAGGAGGGGGGGUUUACGUGCAAGAUCCAGGCUCUGCGUGAUAAGCUCUGGAUCUUCCUGGUUCAGUCAUUUUAUGCUGUUCGUCACACAGAGAGCUGGAAGCUGCUGGAGCUAGACGAUCAACGGCGAAUAGAAGCAGCUGCUUUUGACAAAGGCGAUGAUAGAAGACCUGCCAAAAAGCCCAUUUUCACUAGUUCGCAGUUAAACAGAUGUAUUACUGAUGCUUCUGGUAUAAAUCAUACUGCUUGGAGAGCAGACGGAAAGAAAAACAGUUGGGGUGGUUCCUCUACUAAUCAGGAUAAAAUGAAAUCCGAUGGAUUAGGAGCAUCUGGACACACAUCGGCUACCAACAGGAACAGCACUAAUAAGACUUUGAAACAUGAUGAUUUAAAGGGGAAAGACACUAAAAAAGCAGUUUGUAAGAUGACAAAAGAGUCCAAAAUGGGGGAGAAAAUGCCUUCACCAAAAGCUAGAGCUGUGAUAAAGCCAAAAACUGAAAACAAUGGAAAUACUAAGACGGAAGGCUUACUUACAAAACAGGAUUCUGACCGGUCAUUAUCCACUAGUGGCCAUAAAAAUGCAGGAAGUGGCAAAGCCUUAAAAAACCAAGAAGGUAAAACAGCAGGGGCGAGGCCAAAAGUACUUCCUGGAAAUUCAAAUAUACACAUUAAAGCAAAACCUUUAAAGAAGACCACUGUAAAGGAAACUGAAACACUAAGUAAAUCAAACAAUUCAAGCACAGAUCUUCGGAUGUCUAUUGAGCAACUGGAUGAAUCCAAAGAGGAAAAAGUUGCAGAUGAAAGCAAAAAACACACAGCUUUGAAAACCAAAUCUGCUUUAAAGAUGGUGAAUGGAACCCCUCCUAAAAAACAUGCUAAUGACCUGGAGGCUAACAGUCCAGUGAACAGCAUUAUGAAGAAAUGCAGUGGGAAGGGCAACAAUGAACAUACACCACAAGCAGUUUUGAAGAAAAAAGGAAAUGAAAUUGGCAAUUCUUCACUUCAACAGAAAACCAAGAAUGCAGCAAGUGUUACAAAAAGCCAAGGUUCACAAGGAGAUUUACUAAAUCCACAGAAGUCCGUGCUUUCUCCAAAACAAAAUGAAGAGAAAUCCAUUGUGCAAUCAGAGAAACAAACUACAUCAAAGAAAAGGUCAAAGCCUCCUCAAACCACUUCAGCUAAAGCUACUGCAAAAAUAAUAGUAACAGCCAAAAACCAAAGCCAUUCCAAGAAGAAUGAAAUGGGAAACAAUAAAGACCCAAAACAGAAAACAGUUACAGGUCAACCUGUUUUGAAGCUUCCAUCUUCAAAUCACAAGCAAUCCAGAAGUGAGUCACCAGUUCAGAAGAAUAUACAUGGAGAACGGCAAAAAAUUUCAAGCCCUAAACCUGAAAACUCUGUAGCACUGGGAACUCAGCUGCAUGGCAGUAACAAAUCUAGUCCAGGGAAGAAAAAUAAUAAUGGAGUGUCUUCACUUGAAAUAGAUAAGCGAAACAUAUCCAAUUCAGAAAAAUUAAUUGUCUUUGAAGAGCAACAUUCCAAGAGAGAUUUAGAACAUCCUUGUAUUGCAAAGAUGGGAAAUGAGGUUCAUGAGAAUGAAAAUAAUGAUGAAUCUCCCAAAAAUAAAAAUACUGUAAAGUCUUCUCCAAUUGAAUUGCACCAUGUUCAGGAGACCAAGACCAUUGCAUUUGAAAAUGUUAAUCAGAAUCAAACCACUGAGGAAAUACUAAAAUGCAAAACACUUCCUGAGGAUCCUUUAGUACAAACAAUAUUAGGUGACCAUAAACCAAAAGAUACCUUGGAAACUGAAAUGAGCAUGAACUGUGUUGAUAAUCCAUUGAAUAGGUUUUCUGCCAAUGAUAGUUCAAACUCUGAUCACGGCGACGAGAAGUCUUCCAAGGCCUGUGUUGUGGGAUCUGAAAGUGCUGACGAGUUCUCUGAUAAGUCUGUCUUGACAGAAUCCCAGUCUGCUACAGUAGAAUCAGAUGGUGUUUCAAAAUCGUUCGUAGGACAGGUGGCUGAAAAAUGCUCUUCUAAAGACACUGAUACCACCGAAACACCUGAGAGCCAUGAAAACUCAGAGGCCCCUUUUCCAGAACACUGGAAUUUGAGUUCUGGUGGACUUGACCAAAAAGAAAGCCCUGAAUCAGACACAGGUAGUGCAACAACAUCAUCAGAUGAUAUAAAGCCAAGAUCUGAAGAUUAUGAUGCUGGAGGUUCUCAGGACGAUGAGGGAUCAAAUGAAAGAGGCAUUUCAAAAUGUAGCACUAUGUUGUGCCAUGAUUUCCUUGGUAGAAGCAGUAGUGACACAAGUACACCGGAAGAGCUAAAAAUCUAUGACACUAGUCUAAGAAUAGAAGUAAAAAUGAAAAAGGAAAGCUCUGACCUCUUCCGGGUUAUUUCUACAAGUGAUGAUGAGAUCCCAAGAAAAAGGCCUGAAACAUGGUUGCAUAAAGGUGAAAGAAGAGGUGUGUCCAGGGGAAAUAAUCCCAGUUUUGCCAUGGCACCAUUUCCUCAGGAAGCUGAUCAGGUUUCCUCUUCAGCAGAUGAAACAGAAGAUGAAAAGUCUGAACAUGAAAAUGUUGUGGAAAAUUUGCCUCCUCCAGAAGUUACUGUUCAGCAGUUUCAUGGAAUAGUGAAUCUAGCAUUUGAAGAUGCAGCAGAAAAUGAUACUGAAAGUCAGGAAUUCCCUGGUACUAAAAAUUUUAAGCGAUCUGUAUUGCUUUCAGUGGAUGAAUGUGAAGAACUGGGAUCUGAUGAUGGUGGAGAGGCCCACACUCCACUCCAGUGUCCCCCAGAUGCUGCAACACCUUCUGAUGUAUUUGAUGCCGUUUCCCAUGAGAAUCAUGGCAAAACCUUUUAUUCACGAUAUUCCUUAGAGAUUGAGGAUGGAUUCCUGGAAUGUAAGGAGCUUAAUAAGGAACAGCCAGACAAAAAUGAGAGCUGUUCUUCACAUCCUUGUGGCACAGAGCAAAAGGGGAAGGAUAAUUUGGGCCCUUCCGUUACAGAACAGAAGUCUACAGAGAAAGCCAUGUCAGUAGAACAGAACCAAACUCCCACAGUAAACAAAGAAAACCCUAAAAAUGAAGAGAAGAAUGAAUUUCAGUGCAAUAAAGUUCCAGACGGUGACACAAAAUCUCAAGGAAGACCAUGUCACUUGGACCUUCAUCAAAGAGAUAAUACUGAAUUACACAAGAACAUCUCCACAAAACCUGUAGAGCCAAGUAGGAAUCACUCACUGACUCAAGAAGCUCACGUGAAAGGGAGUGAACCAGCAUCUACUGAAUACGUUGACACUGCUUUCUCUGCAGGAGACAUAGAUGAUUGUGAGAGAUUGACACAAAUCUGCAUGUAUGAGCAUCGGCCUCCAAAAACCCUUUCUCCAAUAUACGAGAUGGAUGUUGGGGAAGCUUUUGAGCAGAGGAUGGAAUCGGAAGUGGACAUUCUAGGGAUGGAUUUUGAAGAUCAACAGUUUGCAGAACAGGACUGGACACUUCUCAGGCAAUUGUUAUCUGAUCAGGAAUCAAAUAUGGACAUCAAAAAUUCUGUUCCUGAAGACCUUGACUUAGCACAAUAUCUUAUCAACCAGACUCUGUUUCUGGCGCGAGACAGUUCGCAACCUCAGGGUAAAGCACAGAUCGACACGUUCAGUAGAUGGACCGAACUGAUAUCCCCACUGGAUGACUCUUCAGCCAGCAUCACAGUGGCAAGCUUUUCUUCUGAAGAUUGUUCUUCCCCACAAGGGGAAUGGACAAUCCUUGAACUAGAAACCCAUCACUGAAGUGAUCAAAUGUUUGAGACAGAGUUCCUUCCCUCUUCUUUCUCUCCCAGACAUCUGCAAAUAUUUGAUGCAAUAUUUCCACACAGUAAUAACAAAUUGCCUCAGUGUCAUAUUGAAAUGAUCCUUCCAUUAAGUGUUCCAUUUCAGACUUAUUUUUCAUUGCAGGUAAACACAUGUUUGAGAAUUUAACUGAACUUAAAAAAUAUUUUUGAGCAUGUCUUCUCCCCUCCCCUUCUAGACUUUCAGAUGGCCUGUAUGAAAACGUUUUGGCUUAUUCUCCUUUCCUUUUUUCAUUCUUCACUUAAAUCAUACAUUCCUGGAUGCUCAAUGACUCAAAAAUGUGAAUGCAAACUUUGUAGUGCUAUCUUUUCCCCUCCAUCAUUCUCCAUUUAGGUCUUAAAGGAUAACAGUUCACAGUGAUUAUGUAUAAAAAGAUGUGUGCCAACAGUACUUUAAAUACUAGAAGUGUGUGUUUGAAUUUGAAGGAAAAAAUUCAGUGGAAUGGUUUCUGGAUUUAUUUAUAAAGAUCAGCAUGUAUGGUUUGUUUUCUCCAGAUUGAUUUUGUACCUUUUUUGUUUAAAAAAAAUUUCAAUAAAUUUCUAAAUUGUUUAAAUCUUAA